AUGGUUUUGUGGCGGCGCCAAUGCAGAGCAGAUGUAGCAGGGUGGCCGCCGGUGAGGUCUUACCGGAAGAAGGCUCUGGGGAGCCGUAGGUACGUGAAGGUGGCCAUAGACGGAGCUCCCUAUCUUCGGAAGGUAGACCUCGAGGCUUAUGGUAAUUACCAAGAGCUCCUGAGGGCACUCGAGGAAAUGUCGACUUGCUUUUUCAAUCACGGUAAAGUCUGUUUCUUUUCUUGUCAAUCACAUGCUUUUUCAACCAUUUGUCUUCCUUUCAGAAACUGUAUCUUUGAUGACAAAGAAAACGCAAAUUGCUGUCGAAAAUGUUAUCAGAAAUAA